AUGGAAAAACUCCGAAGUCUAUUUGUUGAAGGCGGUCGCCAGCAGAUGCCACUCCCCUUAAAACCCGAGGUGGAGGAAUAUUAUAUCUUUUGCAAAACUGAAGUGGUCAACGGGCACCCGGCUCUCCUUUGGGAUCAACCUAUGCUCGGUGGUACAAUGUCUGCUCGACUGAAGAAUCUCGGGGAGAUUGAUGGCUGGCUUCAGUCGAUGUUUGCGCACCGUAUGCGCUAUGGAGGCGGAAAGAUGUUGAACAAUAGUGAUGCGGUCAGCGAAGCUCAGCAGAGUUUGAUCAUGAAGCACGCAGAUUCUCGCACAUUCCUCAACCAUUACCUUCCGCGACAUGUGGACACGGACAUGCAAAAUAUGAUAAACGGCCGUCCAUCCAACGAAUCCCUCAUGCGUGUAGUCACUCGCAUAAGCAGGUUGAUUGAUACCAGACGGCCUCGGCACCUAACUCCUGGGCAGCGAGCGUCGAUCCGUGAACAUCCAGAGUAUGUCGAAGCGGUCCGGCGAUUGGAUGAGCAAGCUGAAGUUUGUAUCUAUGAUCCGAGUGAGCAGAUGCAACUGCGACGCGACAAAUUCGCACGUGAAAAGCUCAACAUAUUUGGCCUGCUGGAGAGAGCGUUGAGAAAGAAAGUUCGAAAAGAGUUUGAUCGAAAACACGCGAAUAUAGAUAUUGAGCGACAGCUCUCCGGAGCGGCUAUCUAUAACGAGGAAGCGAAAUUAACAUUUUGCGAACAGACAGCGGGCCACUGCGUGGACGACGUAAACGGCCGGCUCCAAGCGAUGAGCCCGACGAAGAGCACGAAGCAAUGGAUAAUAAAACAACAAAGACACCUGUCAUUACUCCUGGAAUAUCGAAGGAUGAAUUACUUCUGGAGAAGGCGGGGAACUAUAUCCGAAAGGCCAAAAAACCUCGACGAUGUUUUCAGUGUUACGGCGAUACCCGGCUGUCUGUUCAUCGUCGAACACACAAAUAUGGCGAAUACAAAUCAACUUUGCGACACUUUCGAGGAAAGCACUUGGAGGAUCGGAGAUGUCAUAUGUGUAGUGAGGACCUCCUGCAUGAAAUGCAUCUUCGCAGACAUGCAGAAGAUGUUCAUCGUCUUGCUACCGAACGCAGUUAUUACCCCAAAGAAGAACCAGGAUCGGACAUUGAUACAGACUGAGCCGUUCAAUCUGUUCAGCUGGGGCGACACGUCACGAUUGGUGGACAUUAGAGCGGCUGAUUAG